GUUGUAUCUGUCGAACUGCUUUGCUUUAUCUUGGCCAGGUGGCAAUUGUAAAUGAGAACUUGUUCUCAACUUGCCUACCUGGUUAAAUAAAGGUGAAAUAAAUAAAUAAAUUGUGCACAGCUCUAUGGUAGUCCCUAUCACACCCGGUUGUGAUACAGCCUGCAUUCGAAUCAGCGUGUCUUUAGACCUCUACCACUGACAUGACUUGGAAUACAAGGAAUGGAGUGGAAUAUUAGCUAAACAGACUGGCAACCACCCACUGGGCACACACUGGUUGAAUCAACAUUGUUUCCACGCCAUUUCAACUGACGCAGUAGGAAGGAGAACUUCCAACAAAUGCAUCUGCGAGAGAGAGAACAGAACUCAUACUCCGCCUGUCCUGCAUCAAUGUCAGACUGACCUAUAUCCAUUACUAACACCUAUUACCUGCAGACAGUGGCUUUGUCCGGUAGGUCUCUAUUGUCAGGUCGUGUGAGUAGUAGGCUAGACCUAAAUAAUACCUUCCUUCCAGGAAGUCAAGGAACAAACCAUUCCAUUCCAGAAUUCUCCCCUGAAAACACUGUUCUAAGAACCACCUCUACAUACAUUCUUAUUCAACUUUUCUUUCUGUCUUAUGCAGUAGAACUGGGGGCUGAGCUGUACCAUGGCAACAGUCAGGCUGAAUGCCAGUUGAGGGGCAUAAUGAGUAUCCCUCUGGCCUCUCCUCCACUACAUCCCUCCCUCCCUCUCUUCUACGGCACUCUCAAUGCAAUUCCACACAAUCACACUCCUUGGGAGGUCCUGCGUCUUUUCCAGGCAACUGAAGCAACAGUGUGCCAAAUCACUCCACCAGCCAGUCACUCACCCUCAGCGAAGACUAGGCACAUGAUAGUAGAACCCCAUAUUAACCUUAGCAAAGGACAAGCCAAUCCAGACCCAUUAGAUUAGACUAGAUGUCGACGGGUGACGUUCUAACGGGUAAGAAUGACUGGGCCUAGCUGUGGUGAUUAAUAAACUACAUUUUUCAUACACAUUUCAAAAAGUGUAGUUGAGGUUGGUGUUUAUUUGGUAUUUUUUACGAAGUGUUUUCAACAAACCACUCGACCACUCUAAAAUUACAUGCGUGUGUGCAUGCAUGUGUGUGUAUGUGUACACACUCCCGUGAGUGUGACUGUCUGUGGGAAAGGGAAAAGGAAAACAUUUGUUAAUUAAUUCCUCCAACAGUUCCUUUAUAGCACACACGUAUUGGUCCCUAGGCAGAAAUGCUCAGCUGCAUCAGGCACUCGGCAAGCCCAGGGGGCGCGGACUAUAGAGCAUGGAGUCCAGGGACAGGUUAGCCGCAUACCUGCUGAUUCCCCAAACAGCUACAAGUAUCUUGUUGCAAUCCUCCCACCCCUCCUCCUUUGUCUGUGACAGCCUUUAGGGAACCAGAGGAGUCGCUAGCGCUAAUUGAUGAUACAGUGGGCCCCUCUGGAUAAGAGCAACUGACUAUUGGCAAAAAGUGCCAUUCCUUAUAUAACAUGUUCAGAUGUAAUAAGUCCACACGUUUAAUUUGACUAGACUUGAACAAUAAACAUGACUGUUUUUUAUCAGGAAAUUAACCUUCAAUAAAAUUUUAAUCCAAUCGUUCAUGCCAAUCUGUGGUUUUCUAUGGACUUUCAAUAAACAAUCAAUUACAACUGUGAUAUGCCACUCCUUGAAAGAAUAGCUGGUCUGACACCUUUACCUUAUCUAAAUUAUUAUCUAAAUUAUUAGAUAUCAAAUCAAAUUGCAUUGGUCACAUACACAUAAUUAGGUGAUGAUAUUGCGGAUGUAGUGAAAUGCUUGUAAAACAACAAACGUUCUGGGCUAAUAAUGUAAAAAAUAACACCCCAAAAAAACAAAAUACUGCAAAGUUACUUAGUGAACUAGAACCAGAGCUGCCAUUGUCUGUCGGCACCAUCUUGCCUUUUACUAUUGCUAUCAUUAGUCUUUAUAUACACUGAGCUGAGGUGAAAACUAUUUAUAUUGUUACGGUAAACUUUGAGUCCACCUGCACACCCUUUAUGGAGCUACGUUUUUACCUCUGGUCAUGUUCAUCUGUAAAAUCUGCAUUUAUGUAUCGCCAUCUUGUGGAAAAAGAGUAUUCAUGCAGGAUAACAUUUUUUUCUAUAUUCCAGUAGGUGGUGCUCUUGUGUCACUGAAUACAGAGGUCUUGUGAAAACCAUGGUGGAAACCUAUCGAACCUACUGAACAGAUAGUAUACUAAACAGCACAACAUUACGUUAAAUAUUUUACCUUAUCUUUCACCAUCCUCUCAGACAGUCAUCACCGGUUGACACCAUUUCUAUUCCACCCAAACACCUCAGUAUCCUGCAGUAUAAUAAACCUACAUCCGAGUCCCCUUUAAACUCCAACUCAACAUCCAGGUAACAAUGUUAAGGCCACUGGCUGCGAGGCCUGCUGAAAUGUGAGCCCAUGACUAUCUGCCUGUAUGUUUUAUUCAUCUCAUCCACUGAUCCAGUCCCCCACAGAGCAGACACCUGACUCCACUGACCUGUCUGUCUCUCCCAGGGACUGGAGCACUGGAGGCCUGGACAGAGGAACAGGUAUGAGGAGAGGAACGGGAAAGUCCGAGACAGAGAUAGGAAUAACUGUGGACAAAUGCAGAGGAUGUGUUUGGCAAAAAUGUAUCUUAAGUCUUUUCAGUUCUGUUGUUUGGUUUUUGAGGUCUUAGUCCAUGUUUCAACAGUAAGGCGACGGGUUCUCUCAUUUUGGUGUUCUCUGAUGAAUUUGGACAAUGUAGUGACUCAGUGACAAUGUAGUGACUUAGUGACUCUUGGAUCGAAUAGAGUGUUGAAGAUAAAACAUAGUGAGGGAGAAUUUGGGGAACAAUUGAACUGUAGGUUCCCUGUGGGAAGUUUUUAAAUUAAUAUUUAUAACAGUUCUAUCAAUAAUGAAUAGAGAUGCUGUGUGAACAGUAUACAAUUACUGGCAGAUCAGUGGAUCAGCCAAACAACCGCACAGUCAACAUCAGGUAUCAUAUGAAAAUCAUCGUGGUUGAUGUGUUGUGCAGGUAAUGGUGAGAAAAGAUGUCAGAGCAAAGGCAACGUUCCCUGUCCACCUCAGGAGAGACCCUCUAUCUAGUCCUGGGCCUCGACAAGACUUCUACACCGGAUGACAUCAAGAAGUCCUACAGAAAACUUGCUUUGAAAUAUCAUCCAGACAAGAACCCAGAGAACCCAAACGCCACAGAUAAAUUCAAGGAGCUCAACAAUGCCCACUCCGUGCUGUCAGAUGCCUCCAAGAGGAACAUCUACGACAGCUAUGGCUCCCUCGGUCUGUACGUGGCACAGCAGUUUGGAGAGGAGAACGUCAAUGCUUAUUUCAUGCUCUCCAGUUGGUGGGCAAAGGGUCUGUUUGCGGUCUGCGGCGUGCUAACAGGCUGCUACUUCUGCUGCUGCCUGUGCUGCUGUUUCAACUGCUGCUGUGGGAAGUGUAAACCCAAAACUCCUGGAGAGGAGGACCCCGACACCUACGUGUCCCCUGAAGACCUGGAGGAGCAGAUCCGCACAGACAUGGAGACAGACGCUGACGACAUCCCCAUAAUACAGCAGCCAACCAAUGCAAGCGAGAGGACCGGGUUGAUUGGUGACGGACGACGGGCCUAUACCUAACACAACUAAGAAGAAAGACCGGAGGACGGGUGAUGUCAUAGGGAUUCCAGAACUGGCUUUAAAUACCUGUAUUUGAGUAUUUGUUAUUUGAAUACUUAUUUCGAUAUAUUUUAGUAUUUUCAAAUAAUGUGGCCCGAAUCACUUACAACUAAGUAUUUGAAAGUGUUUUCAAAUAAUUUCCUAUAAAUAGCUUACUAUUUAACUUGUUUCAAAAACUAUUUUCCAAUAACUGGGUUAAAUGCAUGGUAGUGUAUUUGCGUCAUUUGAGUCUGUAUUUUCAAAUACAUUCCAAUAUUCAACUACUUGUCUUUUGAAAUAAAACAUAUCUACUUACUUCCAAAUGUAUUUUAAAGUAAUUUAAAUAGUAUUUGAACCCAGGAUCUGAGGGGAUUCAUUCAUUGACCUGGUAGAUCCCAAAAGGGUUCCAAUUACAUUCCACCCCUUGACUACACUUUGUAAAUUCUGAAUGAGUGUUAGUUUGUGUGCAUUGUGUUUGUUUGUUAUUUAUUCUGAACAAAAUACAAAGUAUCCCUAGAAUUGUGCAUUUAAAAUUGUGGCUGUGAAAGAAUUGAGAGAUGUCAGUAUUUUGUCAUGUGAGCAAUAAAGACUGCCCUUUUUGAA